AGCCGCCAGAUACCAUAGCGCGAGCGUUCUGCGUAGCGACCGAGCGAGCGAAUCUGGGUUGCGGGAGCCCCUACGCCCUGUCCUCUUCCAUUUCGCUCCCCUGGAGUGUGUGGGACGGAGCUGGACAUGGAGCAGCAGCAGAGACACCCCCUGUUGGAAGUGAAAGGGAACAAGGCCCCUUCUCGACUGCCUCUCCCAGGAAGCAGGCUUAAGAGGGGACCUGACCAGAUGGAUAAUGCCUUGGAGCCUGAGAAGAAACGGAUACGAGGCCUGGGCACAGUAACCAAAAUUGCUACAUCCCACCCUAGAGCACCACCCCUCACUUCAGUGCCACAGACACAAGGCCAGACCACAGCCCAGAAAGUUCCCAAGAAAACAGGACCAUGGUGCUCUACAGCUAUUACUACAGUGUCGAAGAGCAAGAAGCCAGUAGCUGCUGUUCCUGCCCAGAAGCCUGAUACAUCAGCUGUUCCUCCCAUGGUGGGAGGGAAGAAGCCCAGCAAACGUCCGGCCUGGGAUUUAAAGGGUCAGUUAGGUGACCUAAACAUAGAGCUGAAACGCUACCGUGAGAGGACUCAAACGUUGGACCAGGAAAACCAACAGCUGCGGGCUCAGCUCAAAGAAGCCCAGCAAGAGGCCAAGGCCCUGGGAGAAGAACGUAGGACACUGAAAGAGGAGUUAGCCAAGGUGCAAGCUCAGGCAAAGCAAGGCCAGCAGGAGCUGGGGAACCUGAGCGCCCGUGUCCUGGAGCUGGAAGAGCGGCUGGGCAUGCAAGAGGGCUUGGUGCAAGAGCUCCAGAAAGAACAGUUAGAAUUGCAGGAGGAGCGGAGGGGACUGGCUGCCCGGCUGGAGGAGCAGGAGAGGAGGCUGCAAGCAUCAGAAGUGGCUCUGUCAAGCAGCCAGGCAGAGGUGGCAUCUCUGCGCCAGGAGACUGCAGCCCAGGUGACUUUACUGGCUGAGCGGGGAGAGCGUCUUCACGGGCUGGAGAUGGAGCGCCGACGACUACACAAUCAGCUACAGGAACUCAAGGGCAACAUCCGUGUAUUUUGCCGAGUCCGCCCAGUCCUUCCGGGGGAGCCUACCCCACCCCCUGGCCUCCUCCUGUUUCCUGCUGGCCCUGGAGGGCCUUCUGAUCCUCCAACCCGCCUCAGCCUCUCCCGGUCUGAUGAACGGCGUGGGACCCUGAAUGGGGCACCAGCGCCCACCACCCGCCACGACUUUUCCUUUGACCGGGUAUUCCCGCCAGGGAGUGGACAGGAAGAGGUGUUUGAGGAGAUUGCCAUGCUUGUCCAGUCAGCCCUGGAUGGCUACCCAGUAUGCAUCUUUGCCUAUGGCCAGACAGGCAGUGGCAAGACCUUUACAAUGGAGGGUGGGCCUGGAGGAGACCCCCAGCUAGAAGGGCUGAUCCCCCGGGCCCUGCGGCACCUCUUCUCCGUGGCCCAGGAGCUGGGUGACCAGGGCUGGACGUACCGCUUUGUGGCGAGCUACGUAGAAAUCUACAAUGAGACCGUCCGAGACCUGCUGGCCACUGGGGCCCGAAAGGGCCAGGGGGGUGAGUGUAAGAUUCGCCGGGCCGGGCCAGGGAGUGAGGAGCUUACUGUCACCAAUGCCCGAUAUGUCUCCGUCUCCUGUGAGAAAGAGGUGGAGGCCCUGCUCUAUCUGGCCCGCCAGAACCGGGCUGUGGCCUGCACAGCCCAGAACGAGCGGUCGUCACGCAGCCACAGUGUGUUCCAGCUGCAGAUCACUGGGGAGCACACUGGCCGGGGCCUACAGUGUGGGGCCCCCCUCAACCUGGUAGACCUGGCCGGGAGUGAGCGGCUAGACCCCGGCUUAGCCCUUGGCGCUGAGGAGCGGGAACGGCUUCGGGAAACGCAGGCCAUUAACAGCAGCCUGUCUACACUGGGGCUGGUCAUCAUGGCCCUGAGCAACAAGGAGUCCCACGUGCCCUACCGGAACAGCAAGCUCACCUACCUGCUGCAGAACUCUCUGGGUGGCAGUGCUAAGAUGCUCAUGUUUGUGAACAUUUCCCCCCUAGAAGAGAACGUCUCUGAGUCCCUCAACUCCCUGCGCUUUGCCUCCAAGGUGAACCAGUGUGUUAUUGGUACUGCCCAAGCCAACAGGAAAUGAAAAUGGAUCCAGAUCCUGUGGGUGUAUGUGUCUGUCCAUGUGUGCCCAGUUCUGUGCCCAUGUGUGUUUUGGGGGAGAGGGUUGCUGAGGGAUGCUUUAUGGGAGGGGAGGGGUGAGGAAGGCUGUGUACCUUGGCCUAUCAAAUAAAGAAUUU